AUGGCGUUUCAAGUGACGUCAGCUCAACCUUGUUUUCCUCUCAGUACAUUUUCUUCUUAUACUAAUAAUUACAAAACCAGGGUUUUUAAUGCCUCUGCUGAAAACCCGUCUCGUAGAAUCGCACUUUUUCAGCUCGUCACUGCUAUUUCUCAGCCACAGUUAUUUGAUGCAAAUGCAAAAUUGUCAAGAACUGUGGGAAAUAAAUCCGAGACCUCUAUGCUGCCGGUAGAUGCUGAACCAACCACUUCAGUAACUGCGGAAAAUGUUCUUGAAUGGACCAAAAGAGACAACAGAAGAAUGCUUCACGCUGUUUAUCGAGUUGGAAAUUUGGACAAGACUAUCAAAUUUUACACUGAAUGUUUGGGAAUGAAGCUGUUGAGACGACGUGACAUUCCUGAAGAAAGAUAUUCGAAUGCAUUUCUUGGAUAUGGGCCUGAAGAUUCAAAUUUUACUGUGGAACUUACUUACAAUUAUGGAGUUGACAAGUAUGACAUUGGAACAGGAUUUGGACAUUUCGGCAUAGCAGUUGAGGAUGUUGCAAAAAGAGUAGAGUUAAUAAAAACUAAGGUUGGCAAAGUAACCCGGGAACCUGGCCCUGUCAAAGGUGGAAGUACAGUUAUUGCUUUUGUUGAAGAUCCUGAUGGCUAUAAGUUUGAGCUUAUAGAGAGAAGGCCUACUCGUGAGCCCUUAUGUCAAGUAAUGCUUCGAGUUGGAGAUCUUGAUCGAGCUAUUGAUUUCUACAGAAAGGGUUUUGGCAUGGAGCUUCUUCGGAAAAGAGACAACCCUGAAUAUAGAUAUACAGUGGCCAUUAUGGGUUAUGGCCCUGAAGAUAAAAAUACAGUUCUGGAAUUGACAUAUAACUAUGGCAUCAGAGAAUAUGACAAAGGAAAUGGUUAUGCUCAGAUUGCGAUUGGUACGGAUGAUGUUUAUAAGACUGCAGAAGCUAUAAAACUUUCUGGAGGAAAAAUCAUCCGUGAACCUGGACCCUUGCAGGGGAUAAAUACUAAAAUCACUGUAUGCUUGGAUCCUGAUGGUUGGAAAACGGCAUUCGUCGAUAAUAUUGACUUUUUGAAGGAGCUAGAGUGA